UCUUUGCACCAGGAACGCAAACGUAGUGCCUUGUAGAUGUUUGGGUAAGAUUGUCGGCUUUCUUUAAAGGGAAAAUCUCCCUUUAAAACUUACAGUUUGUAACACGUCGUCUCACAACCGCCCUUUAAACGGAUUGACAAUGAUUUCAUCACAUAUGGAUUUUUCGACUGGAAAAUUACUUUUGUCUUCUUUUUCUUAAGAUAAAAUCAUUCGAAAAAGCUUUCUUCAUUCUCAGUUGGUUUUGGAGUAACGUUGAAGAGAAUAUUUCGUGUCACCAGGAAGAGUGGCGUAGCCAUUUAACAACCGAGGGCAGAUGGGUCGCAUGUGGAAAACUUGAACAAAAUGGGGGGUGUAACUGUUGAUUUCAGCAUAAAAUAUGCUGAAUACAGAAAGCAAACUGAAGUGACCCUGCUCUGCGAGUAGAUAUUAAGGCUUGAAUUACAGAAAGACAUUAAGUCCAGGAGAAGCCCAGAGGCCCCACAUCCUGUGGCGGAUGUUUUAAAGGAAUCAUCGGAGAACGACAUGUCUGGAUCGCAGUGCUACUACAACGAAACGAUCGCCUUCUUCUACAACCGCAGUGGGAAGUAUCUGGCCACAGAAUGGAAUACAGUCAGCAAGCUGGUGAUGGGACUGGGGAUUACAGUGUGCAUCGUUAUCAUGCUGGCGAACUUGCUCGUCAUGGUCGCCAUCUACACGAACCGCCGUUUCCACUUCCCCAUUUAUUAUCUCAUGGCCAACCUGGCGGCGGCAGACUUCUUCGCUGGCCUGGCCUACUUUUACCUGAUGUUCAACACGGGUCCAAACACGCGGCGGCUCACUGUGAGCACCUGGCUGCUGAGGCAGGGCCUCCUGGACACCAGCCUGACGGCGUCCGUGGCCAACCUCCUGGCCAUCGCCAUCGAGCGCCACAUCACCGUGUUCCGCAUGCAGCUGCACACGCGCAUGAGCAACCGCCGCGUGGUGGUGGUCAUUGUGGUCAUCUGGACCAUGUCCAUCGUCAUGGGCGCCAUCCCCAGCGCGGGCUGGAACUGCAUCUGUGACCUGAGCACCUGCUCCAACAUGGCGCCCCUCUACAGCAACUCCUACCUGAUCUUCUGGGCCGUCUUCAACCUGGUCACCUUCGCGGUCAUGGUGGUCCUCUACGCCCACAUAUUCGUCUACGUGCGGCAGAGAACCAUGAGGAUGACCCGGCAGAUCUCCGGCCCGCGGAGGAAGCGAGACACCAUGAUGAGUCUGCUGAAGACCGUGGUCAUCGUCCUAGGCGCCUUCAUCAUUUGCUGGACACCUGGCUUAGUUUUGCUGCUGCUGGACGUCUUCUGUGUCAGUUGCAAUGUGCUGGAUUUCGAGAAGUUCUUCCUCCUCUUGGCUGAGUUCAAUUCUGCCAUGAACCCCAUCAUCUAUUCCUACCGGGACAAGGAGAUGAGCGCCACCUUCAGACAGAUCCUGUGCUGUCGACGGCAGGAGAAUGGGAACAGUGCUGCGGACGGUUCAGACCGGUCUGCCUCGUCCGUCAACCACACCAUCCUGAGCGGACCCCUUUACGACCGCACGGUUGUGUAAACUAAUUGGCACGGAGUCACGAUGGAACAGAAUGAGGUGUAUCACAGGUCAUCUGGAGAUCAUCCGAAUAGGAUGUUUCCAAAGAGGACAAUGCCGAUUGUGUUGCCAUUUUGCCCAGAAAUUUCUUUUAAAAUAAAUGUCACAUUUCCUAUGAAGCGCCCUGCAUUAUGCAAGGGGGGGAAUAACCUAAUGUGAUAUUAAUGUGAGAACACACACACGCUCUCUCACACACACACCUUCUCAUAUUCACUGUGCUCUUUUUAACUCCCCCUUUUUCGAAUGCCUUGAUAGGAAUUUUAUGGAUAUAUGACAGUAUUGCAUUUUGUAAUUAUCAUUCUGCAGACUACAUCUAUAUAUUGGUCCUUAAAUAUUAAAUCUAUACCAUAGUAUUUAUUCAAGUUAAUACCAUAGUGAGUUCCAAAGGGAACAAUACAUGUAGCCUAUGAUCCAUGGAAUAAUUAGCCAGUCUAUAUAACUGGAAUGUUUAUAGUAUAAUCCCGACGAACAGGUUUAAUUUCAAAUAAGCAAUACAUUGAUCAAGUUCUGUUCAGAAACGAGUUUUGAGAUACAAAAUCCAAUAUUACAUUACACCUGCUGACCAGAUAAUUACAUAACUAGCUAAUCUGUUAUUUAGUUAUAGCAUGAACAAUCUGCUAUAGUAAAUAUAUUGCUAAGCUAAAUUAGUGAUAGGCCAACCAGGUCACUAGGUACGAAAAAAGGCCAUGUUUCUUCAUGCGAGCCUGCAGUAUCUAAGUAAAAGUUAUCCUCUGUAUUUUUCUCCAAUACCCUGGAUUUGCCAAUUAGGACAAUUCUUCAAUCAGGAGGAAAUAAUAAGUGAAAUCAUCUUUAAUCUGAGUUCAUGGAUGGAAAAAAAACACAUGGCAGGACUUUUACUUUAUGAUUCUUAGACGUUCAAACUCUGGCCACUUCCUUCAUGAUAGCAUGGUGGAGAUUUGAAUGAAGCAAUAGAAUAUCAUGCUUCAUUCUACCACUUACGGUCUUGGUAGAGAAAUACGGUGAAAAGGGAAUACUGUCAUUCUCGCUUUUAUGCAUUCUGUGAGGGGCAGUUUUCAUUGGAUAUGAAGAAAAAGUGGAAUUUGACAUGAAAGUCUUGCACAUGCAUUUCCCCUGCGUUUGCUGUAUGACUUUUUGCUCUUUGCGAUAUUCCAACAUAGUUUUAUUUUUUGUCUUGUUACUUGAUUUUGCCUACUAGAAUGUAAAUGUAUUGAGUACUUAGUGCCAUGAAAACAUAUUUGUCUCUUUCCCUAUUUCCUCGAUGAGUUGUCACACUAACUUGCUUCAGAUCUUUAAACAAAAUGUAAUAUUAGACAAAGGGAAACUGGCAAACACAAAACCCAUUCUUUUAAAUGACCAUUUAAUUAAUUUAAUGAAAAAGUGAUCAAACACCCAUAUCACCACUGUGAAAAAGUGCCCCCUUACACUUAAUAAAUGGUUGCACCAACUUUGGCAGAAAUAAUUGCAACUAAUGCUUCCUAUAAUUUCCCAGAACCUCAAGAAGAGUGGUGUUAAAGUCCUCAGUGAUAUGAAAGACCAGCCAGGAGCCAAAGCACCAUACGCUCUGCUGAAGCAGGAGUGGGCUUGGUUAGUACUUGGAUGAGGUAUCUCCUGGGAAAGACUUCCGGUUGUUGGUGGGCCAGCGAUCCUCCUUCUGGUCAAAUGAACCCCACCGCCCCAGUGCAGUGAUGGGGAAGACAGUGCUGUAGGGGAGAUGUGCGGGUGCGAUGUCAAGAUCCUGACUGUGGUCAUUAAAGAUCCCAUGACGGCCAUCGCGUGGAGUAGGGGUUUGCCCGGUGUCCUGCCUAAAGUCUGAACCUGGCUCUCUCAACCUGCCACCUAAUCAUCCCUGGCUUUAAUUGGCUAAAAAUAAAUUCUCUGUCUCAACCUCAGCUGAUGUAGUGAAUGUUGUGGUACAAAAUGGCUGCCGUGCAUCACCCAGGUGGCGGCUACACAUUGGUGGUAUUGGUGGUGGUUGAGGCCUCCUCAUCACUGUAGAGCACUCUGAGUGUGAGAAAAGCACUAUAUAAAUUGUAAUGGUGUUUGGUUGCAAUUAAAGGUGGUGCAACCAGUUAAGUUUAAGGGGGCAAUUACCUUUUCACAGGGGUUCCAUAAGUAUUUUUUCAUUUACCCUUUCAGUCCCAUGCCGAAUAUGACAUGGCUCCACCCAAAUCCUGAGGGGUUUUGGCUUUAGUUGAGAGUUGAGAACAUUUAGUAGGGUUUUAAUAGAGGGCCAUAUGGCACUCUGAGGACUGAAGUUGUUAAAAUAAUUAUUUUAAUUGUGUUUUGUGUUCACUCCGUUUCCCUUUGUGUGAUUAGUAUGAAAAAUAUGGAAUAAUCGAGGAAAUCAGGAAGGGGGCACUUACUUCUUUACGGCAGUGUAUGGACCAACCCAUAGACUCACCCUGAAGUCAUUAUACAGUACCAGUAUGUGUGAUUCUGGUAUGGACAGAAAAUAUGGCAAUCAUAAAUCACAUGUUAUAGACAAUGUUGAUAAGUUCAUUUUAAUUUGUUGGACAUGAAACAUGCAUUAACACUUAAAAUAAUAUUUUUUCUUUGCUUUUGAAGUAUUGUAUAAUAAUAUUUUGUGAUAAUGAAACUGUGUUGGCCUUUUAUGAUGUAGUAACUUUGCUUAAAAGGUAAGGCGUUUAUAAAAGCUUGCCUUUAACUUUUUUUAAGUCUUCUUGUGCUUUAUAGACAGAUAAAGAAAGAUUUAACCUUCAUGAAUGAAGGUUGCACUAGAUGGCAUUCUUGUGAAUAACUGACAUUUUAAUUGGCUGAUUGGUUAAAUCAUCCUAUGAACUGCUUAAUUAUCAAUUAAUCCUUGAUUUUAAUGUAGCUGUGUAACAGCCUGGCUUCCUGCCUUUCAUGUUUACAAAUGUUUGCCUACCAUCUGGACCUGAAUUCUUUAUAGAAUUCAAAAUAGCACUUUAUUUUACAGUGCCUUAAUUGAACCAAGGCCUUAGGUAAAGGCCAAUAGUGAGUAAAUGUUUUGUAGAUGUAGGAAAGUUCCUUUGAAGUAACACAGCCAUAGACGUAUGACAACCUUUUCCCUACAUUUGUAUAAAUGUCUGAUAUACUGCAUAUAUAACAAAUAAAUUGUUUGUUAUUGGCUAAAUGCUGAAAGAGCAGCAUAAAUAUAGUCCCCCCCACUUGCUAUAAUUUACAGCAGGGGUUUCCCAAUUCAUUUUUUGCCUGAUCCACUUUCUAGGAUUCAAAUGACUUGGUGGGCCAGCCAUCACCCCCCCCCCCCCCCCCCCUCACUCAUUCAAAAUGCAGACAUGGGCUACAUGAGGACAGAGUUUAUUUUGAACAACUUGUCAGUGUUUUUCAGUUACAUGAAAUGCAUUCCUUCAAAGGUCAAACAUUCAAUAACAAUUUUAGAUUUUUUAUAUAAAAGAAUUAUAGCCAACUGCAGGAAAACCUUUCAUGAAAUAAAAAAAAUGUAAUUGACAAUGGCAGUGAUGCGUAAGACUCGUUUAACAGAUAUAAAAACAUUUACAGAAUGGAAACUAGUUGCACAGAACUGCUUCAAAUUAAUUAGCCUACAUUUCACCUUUGUAAACGUCAAAACAACCUAAAUGUUGUUUUAAAAAGAAUUAUAUUUUAGAAUUAUAUCAUAUCUAGCGAAAACCACAGGAUGGAAAUCGGAGCGUGUCAAUGUGAAAAGUGGUAUUCGGUUUCUUUUGAUUAAGUUGACAUUUCUCUUUUUAUAUUUCAUUUAAAAGUUUCUUUGCUAGUUUGCUACAGCUGGCUAUGGUUGCGUGUAGUGUGAAGGUAGUUGCGGGAUAGCAUUUGCUUCCCCUAUGUGUUACUGAUAGGCUGUUUAUUUCAUAAUAAAAGUCCUCUGUGCUCCAAAUUAAAUAAUAAAAGCAGCCGAUAUUGUCUUAGGAGGAAUGUAUGUAUAUAUCAGAUCUCCCGAGGCAGAAGCGCCCAAUGAAAAACAAAGCCACUAUUGGGAGAAGCAAAAUAGCCUAAUGUAGCUAAAUAACUACAUGACCACACAUAUUGACACUACUAUUUUUCUGGCUCAAGCCCAAAUAUACCUUAGAGUCAUCAGGGAUUACAUAUCCCUGUUAAAACAUUGUUACCUUCAGUAGGAUAAUUAAAUUGCUUCAGUGAACAUAAAGCUGUAUAAAAAGGCCACAUACAUUUAAAGGUAAAGCUUCUAUAUAUUGGCACUGUAUACUUGGGUAAUGGCAUCUGCUUACUGAAUAAUGUAUAUAAUGUUAAAUGUGUUCCAAUAAAAUACUAAGUUCACCUGUAAUUUCCCUUGAA